CCAAUCUCGCCAUCUCUUCCUGGACAUUACACCAAACUUGUUCUGGGUUCAGCCUGUAUGACUUUCUCACCUACCCGACGGUGACGGCGGGAUCUGUGUCAUACACUACUCGGUUAUCCAGAGACAUCUCGUUGGCUCGUCCGCCUGGGCCUUUCCCUAACUGUCCUGAACAGCCGACUCUUAAUUCAGUCUCACGAAACACGAAUUUCGGAACUUGCCAUCCCAUCAGACUCGCUUCUGAGGAGCCACCUUGGGGCACUACAUUUUGUUCGUCCUCGGGUUUUUGUUGGCGCCCUCCGAAACAAGCAUUUAGCUGGUGCUGGUUGACUGUUAAAAAGUCUUGGCUUAUGGGGUGAAGUUCGAUUUUCGUUGAACAGCAGUAGCAUCUUCCAGGAGCCUGGAUAUCGAAUCAAAUGGAGCAGACUUUCAUGACCAUUCAUAACCUGUCGCCCGACGCCAACAUCCUCUUCGCAUCUGAGUCGAUUGCGGAUAUUUUAGGAUACCAACCGCAAGACGUGCAAGGCAAAUCAUGCUUCGAAUUCUUUCAUCCCGAAGAGGUGCCGUUUGCGCGCUCCGUGCAUAGUAGGGGCGUCCUCCUCGAUAAAGCGGCAGUCCUGCACUAUGCCCGGAUCAUGUCGAGAGAUGGACAGUGGAUAAGCUGCGAAUGCUGUUUCACGAUAGUUCACGAUGUCCUGGUAGCUUGUACGAGCAUAUACAGGCGUGGCGAAAGGAGUGAGAGACGGGCAAUAGAAGCACCCCAGAUCCGGCGAAUAUUCUCGUCUUCGCCAAGGGACCCACGGUAUCAUAUGCUUGAGCACCUUUCACCUAAAUUCAAGAUGCAGCCAAUGGAACGGGAACCGCGAGCAGCUCUUAUUCUUAACAGAUUUACACGUACUUUGACGGUCAUGUUUGCUACUAAUGCUGUUGCUUCGAUACUUGGUGUGAGACCUGAUCAGGUCCAAGACAAAAGUUUCUACGAAUGCAUUGCCGAGAACUGUCUAGCAGAUGCCAUCAAAUGCUUAGAGAGCGCCAAAGCUAAUGAUUCGAUCGCGUAUCUUCGUUUCUGGUACCGAGACCCCCGAAGGGAAGAGGAUUUCGAAGAUGAGGACGAAGACGAAGACGAUGGCGAAAACGAUGAAGACGACGAGGAAGCCGAGCAAGAACAAAAUGGGAAACUGGCCGACAGCGAUGUAAUUACCCCGGAUAUCCAUGUUUACGCCGAAAAUGCCAUGGAUGUUGACAUUGACGGAGUUUGCGAUCUCAAGACGAAGACCGGGACUAGUGUCAGCCCAGAGCUGUCGAAGAAAAUCAUCAUCGAUGAGGAUUCUCCGAAUGAGCUCUUUACAUCUUUACCUGAAAACAGGAGACACCAAACGUCGGAAGAUGCUUGUCACCAAAAUUCAGGUUCGGCGAGACGCAUGAACGGGCGACGGAGUCGCCGUCGGAAUCCUAUCCCCACGUUUGAGUUAGAAGCCGUCGUUUCCUGUACUUCGGACGGGCUGGUUGUGGUGUUGAGAAAAGCCAGACCGCCGAUCCCCUCUCUCCAUCCACCUUUACUUCCAGUCGACUUUGAGAAUGGGCUUUUCGCUGCUCCGUGGAGCGAGCAACCCAUUCGGCCUUAUUAUCCUCCGGAACAUUUCUAUACAUUUCGGCCGCCUCUCCUCCCACAGUAUAUGCCUUUACGGGAGCAUGUCAAGACUGCAGGAGGACCGCCGAUUGAUCAGCUUAUGAGGUCCAUCCGAGAUGUGGCUGUGUUUGCAUGGGCACUAGUAGGCAUUAACGGCAAUCUUGCCGCGUAUGGCCGCGGAGUGCCAAGAGAGAGUUCACAGCCUCAGGAUGGACUGCUAGCCUGGGAUCCAGUGACAUCAAAGUCUUCGUAUCGCAGUCUUGAACCACAGCCUCCUCAACAAUGUGCAACCUCUUCGUCGGAGAGCCAUUCUACUGAAGCAAUAGUGCCAGCCGAUCCGCGAUAUGUAUCUAACCUUAAUACCGAGAGUCCACAGAGGUGUUACGGUUCUACUACAACAGAGCUUGGCGGCGGGAAUCCUGGCUAUCCAAACCCGCCCCAAUGGACGCGCUCGAGGCCGCCCGCGCCUACGUUCGAACCCUGGCGUCCAUAUACCCAGGUGCCGCCAUCGUUUCAACCCUCUGGGUUUAACCAGCAAUUGACAGAACCAUGGGUAGAAGCUUCGGCUUCAUAUACCCAACAGAACGCAAAUAACUACGCGAUUCCUACGACACAGGCACACGGAUUUAGGGACGGCCCUCGAAGCUACAGAAAUGUGUGGCCGUAGGGCGUCGGAACCAGAAGUUUAGUUUCAUCACGCCUGCAUCAUACCUCUGUACUAAUGAUAUGGUUAUAAUGAGCGAGGCCCGGAUUCUUUUUUGGCCGGGGCGUUUUGAGGGAAUCAUGGAGAAGCAUCACUACUGCGACGCAUAUUUGCCUAUCAGGUUGUCGCAUCGUGGGAAAGCCGGGCAAUGAAGCCGAAAGA